AUGUCACUACCUGGAUUCUCUGGAUCAGAGUCUACCGUCAUUGAAGGUGUUGCUGAGAUUUUUGGUACAGAAUUGACAAAUGAUUAUGAAUAUACAUUCACAGGUAUAAAAUCAGCCAUUUAUUCACUUGGAGGGGCAAAAAUCGAAUAUACAGGUGAAUUAUCAUCAGAAUAUAUCUCAGAAGAAACACAAAUGGAUGCUUAUAUCAAUUUACAUUUUGCUUUGGAAAAUUUAAGAUUUGAAGCUUCAACAACUACAAAGAAAGGACCCAGAGUAUUGAUCUUAGGUGCUAAAGACUCUGGUAAAACAACAUUAACUAAAAUACUAGCAGCUUAUGCAAAUAGAUUGGAUCAUCAACCAUUAGUUGUGAAUUUGAAUCCUGAUGAAGUGAGUACACUCACAGCUACACCUAUUUCAGAUAUAUUAGACGUUGAGCAUGGUUGGGGUCAAUCGUAUACAACAGGUCCAACACUGCUACAUCCAAAACAACCAACUGUGAGAUAUUAUGGUUUGGAGACCAUUGAAGAAAAUGAAAAAUUCUACAAGCAUAAUGUGUCAAGAUUAGGGGUCACUGCUUGUAGUAGACUAGAAGAAGAUGAGAUUGUAAAUAAAUCAGGUAUGAUUAUAAAUACACCACCAUUGAAGAUUAAAGAUGCUCCUCUCGUGGAAGAUAUCAUUUCAGAUUUUGAGGUUGAUGUUUUGGUUGUUGUUGGUAAUGAAAGAUUAUACAUUGAUUUAAGAAAAAGAUUUAAGGAAAAAGUUACUAUUGUUAAAGUUCCAAAAUCUGGUGGUUGUGUUGAAAGAGAUGAUACGUUUAUCAGACAAUGUCAACAAAAGAGCAUUAGAGAAUAUUUCUAUGGUACUCCAAAAACUGUUUUAUCCCCAUAUACCGUUCAUGUUGAUUUUAGUAUAGUUACUGUUUAUAAACCAUUUGUUGAGCAAAACAAUUACAUUUCUUCAGUUUUACCAAUUGGUGAGGAAGGUGAAGAAGAAGAAGACAAAAAGAGUGUGAAAUUGUUGGAGAAGAUUGAACCAUCUUCAUCAGCGCUACAAAACGCAGUUGUUGCAUUUUUGCAAGCAGAUAAGACAGAUGAAGAAGACAUUGUACUAAGGAGUGGUGUUACUGAUGUUGAUGACACAAAAACCAAAUUAAGAGUUUUGAUACCGGUCCCUGGUAGAUUACCAGAUAAGGCCAUGAUUUUGGGUGCAUACCGUUAUGUUGAAUGA